AUGCAGGAUCUUCCGAGGUGUCAGAUAGGAGAAGUCACAUCCGCUGAUCAUCAGGAACUGAUCAUGAGUCUCCUCGUACGACUUAACAAAAAGAUCAUUGAAGUCAAUCACUCGAGAGCACCAAGUACCGGUACUGUGCUUCGACCUACUUCCUUCCCGAGUGCCAGGUGGGCGCAUAACGCACCUACUGGCACGGUAUUAACCCCCGUGUUAGUUGGCUGCUCUGCAGCGAGUAUCGACAUAGCUCACCAUCUCACACCCGUAGAAUGCGACCUCGAGACCCUCUACACCUACUCCGCGCAAUGCUGGCUCUGGAACGAAACCCAGCAGCUGCAGCGCAGAUAUCGUGCGUUUGACCUCCCUGCUCUGAUCUACGUCGCCGAGCAAGCCGGCCGGCAACAAUGCCGUGAAGUAGCGACGAUGCGAUAUGCAAGAGAGAACCUCCACCUCCCCGUCCCGCAAGUCCUAGCGUAUUGCUCCCGGGCCGGCGACAGCCAGCUAGACGCGGAGUACAUCGUGAUGGAGAAAGCCCGCGGGAUCGAGCUGAGCCGUGUGUGGGAGACUCUCAAGCCGCGCGAGAAACUGUCCAUCGUCCAGCAACUCGGCUCAAUCACUUCUCGACUUUCUUCGGGGAGGUUUCCAGCCCACGGCUCGUUGUACCUGCGCGAGGACGUCGCCGAGUCCGAGGCUCUCGCCGGUGACGAUGUCUUCGCGAUCGGACCAACCACCGGCCGAGCAUGGUUUGACGACCAGCGAGCGGCGGUGGACAUCCAUAGAGGCCCCUGGCCGAGCACGAAGGACACCAUCCACGCCCUAAUCCAGCGCGAACAAGCCUACAUCCACCAACUCCCCAGCUUUCCUCGAGACCACCAACAGGGCAUCUUCAAUGGACCCAGUGGAUAUUACCCCGCAAAGCAAACCAAGCUGUCGGUUUUGCAAGACUUCCUAAGUAUAUAUCACCACCUCCUUCCCAAAGAUGAAGCCCUCAACCAGGGCAUACUCUGGCACAACGACCUCCAUCUGGACAACAUCGAGUAUGACGGGCCGAAGCCUGAGCGGUUUGUUCGGCCGAGACUUCCGGAGGGUAUCGAUGCCCUAAACCCCGCUAGAGAAGAAGGCGGCCGCGGAGAUGUUCCUCGCGUGUACAAGGAAGCACCGGAUUUGUUGCAUGCAUUUAGAUACCGCGAGACUGUGCAGUCGGAUCUACUAGGUCUGUACACCGAGCGGGACUUGGUGAGGCAAGCUGAAGAGUACGCCAGAUGGGAGGGAGAUGUUGAGAGGAAAGCCCGGGUGAUCGAGGAAUUGGGGGUGUAUCCGGGGUGGAAUGGCGCCGUUCCGCCUGGUGACUAUGAUGAGAUGGCCAGAAGAUUGGAAGUGGCUAAGAAGAGGUUCUUGGAUCGGGGAUCGAGGACCCCUGAGGAACGCAGAGUGUGGGAGAAGGCAUGGCCGUUCGAGGAUAAGGUUGAAUGA